AUGGCGCCAGACUUCACCUUCCGUUACCCAAAACCAAAGACUUCAGAGAGGCCUUUAUUGCAGGGUCAGAGGGAAGGGACGCCUGAGCUCCUAACGUUUGAAGACAACGACAAGCCUGCUCCCAAGUUCGCGUCGAUUGCGGACUUGAGUGACAGCGAGGAGGCGGAGAUGUCCCUUUCAGAGGAUUCAGAAGACGAAGAUUCGCGCCCCCGGAAACGACGCGCCAUUGCAAGCGAGAGCAAAGACUCAACGCCUCCACCACCACCUCCAGCCCCGAAAUGGUCAAACCCUGAUCCCUACACUGCUCUCCCUCCUCCUGACGAAAGUCAGCACAAGCGUAUGGAUGUUGUCAAAAUGAUUCGCAAGGCCAAACUCCAGAACGGCCUGGGCGAGGCAAAGGAAAAAGACGCUGUUACAGACAACGACGAUUUCAUUUCUCUUGGCCCCGCUCUCGAAAUUUCAACAGAGAGCCAGGCUCCUGAUAAUGCGCCAAAGGGUCCCAAGAGCAUGGAGCAACAGCCCCCGUCGUUACCAUCGUUGAAACGGACUCGUGACGACGAGAGCAAAGGCGUUUCCUUCAAGACUGGGAAGCCCAAGGCCCGCUUCAUGGAUGAUGGAUCCAUUCUUUACCAGUGGAGAGCCUUUUCUGGCCAAGAUGAUACUCCCUGGAUGUCUAGUACUUAUCCCUAUGCACCCAAGCCGAAAGUGAGUGUUUUUGCUCGUUCUUUUAGCACUUUGCCUAUACUAACUCUUCUCAAAUCCAGGCUACAUUGUGAAGUUCUUGAUUUCUUCAACUGGGUGAAGCCUCAUGAUUACGAGCAGAUUGUCCGCGAAGAUCUUAUCUCCCGCCUUGAUGACGCAUUUAAGCAGAGAUACGGUCCCGUCUCUGUCAAGCCGUUUGGCUCAUUUGCUUCCGGAAUGUACCUGCCCACUGCAGAUAUCGAUCUCGUCCUACUAUCCAAGGGUUUCAUGGCGGGCGGAAGGAAGCAGUUUGGGGAGCGGAAGGGUCAAAUCUACGCCUUUUCUGCGUAUCUAAAGAGCUUGGAAAUUGCAGUGCCUGGUUCCAUUGAAACCAUUGCCCACGCCAGGGUCCCCAUUCUGAAGUUUAUUGAUAAACUGACUGGCCUUCGGGUGGAUCUGUCUUUCGAUAAUGAUAGUGGCAUCAUCGCAAACCGGACUUUCCAGGAAUGGAAGCGGCAGUAUCCCCUCAUGCCUGUCAUCGUGUCCGUUAUCAAGCAAUUUCUGCUUUUGCGCGGCCUCAACGAGGUGCCCACUGGCGGAUUAGGUGGAUUCUCCAUUACCUGCCUAGUGACAAGUCUUCUUCAGCACAUGCCCUCUAACAAGCAAGAUAACAUCGGGGAUGUUUUGAUGUCCUUCUUUGACUUCUAUGGAUUUAUGAUGGACUAUGAACGAGUUGGCCUUCGCAUGGAACCGCCGGGAUAUUACAACAAGGUGCGACCUCCAUUUAGAUCGCCACGGGCCGCAACUGACAUAGCACAGGGUUUCGGUGACAAUGACCGCCUGUCAAUUAUCGACCCCAACAACUCUUCGAACGAUAUUUCGGGCGGCACAAAAGAGAUUCGGUUGAUUUUCAGGGCCUUCCGUGAUGCGCACGAUAGCCUGAGCCGACGCAUGCAUGAGAUUGCCCAUUCAAAUCAGCCAAAGAGCAUUCUUCAGGCCAUCCUCGCAGCAAACUACGAUGAGUACACCGAACAGCGAUAUCAGCUCCGCCACGUGUUUGAGAAUUCCCAGCAGUUCGCCCGAUACCGAGGAUCUCCCAAUGGAAGAGACGCCGAUAGACAUGCCCAAAGACCGGCUCAAAAGCCCGCGGAAAGACCUCAUCUUGUGCCUCGUGGUCCCCGCCGCAAGUAG